AAACAUAUCCAAACUGAUCAAUAUCCUUUUUACAGGUCCAUUAAGUAUAUAGCACAAAGUGAGUGAGCUUGACGAAGGGAGGACAUUUUUGUUAGAAAAUUCCGAUGAGGGGACUGGCAAGUUGAAGGGUCAUCAUGACCACCGGUGGCGAUGCCUCAGGCCCGAGCGGCCCUACUGAGCAGUCAGAAAGUGGUCCAAAGGAAGAGCUACCAAAGCCAGAUACUUUACAAGUGGAUAACCCUCCUUCUCCACUACCGGAUGGUAUGAGCUCACAAAGAGUCUUCAAGAAGGUGUCACCCAAUCAAAAGCUAACAUUAUACCUAAGUUCUAGAGACUUGGUUGUAUCAGCAGGUGGUAUUGAUAAGCUGCAGGGUGUGCUGUUGGUGGAUCCUGAAUUCGUAGAAGACAGAAGAGUAUUUGGACAAGUUACACUGACGUUUAGAUACGGUCGAGAAGAUGAAGAAGUGAUGGGCCUGAAGUUUUGCAACGAAGCCAUCAUGUGUUUGGCACAACUGUACCCUCCUCAUCGUGCGCAGCUGGAAGGGUUAACGCCGUUACAGGUAGGGGGACAUAUGUGUUUUUAG